AUGGGCAUGGUGCAGGCGUCGGCGAGAAAAGAGGAAAAACCAAACAUGUCCGACGAGGAGGAAUGCGUGGCCUGCCUGGAGCCGCAGGACAGAGGACCAGGGAACCCGGGGAGCUUCGAGGAUCUGCAUAAGAAGGUGAAGGACCUUUACCCUCAGAACUUCGAGGGGGCACGGUUGAUAAUCAGGAAAGUGCUCAGCGAGCAUUUGAACGUGACGCACUCGAUCACUCUAAGCUCCGUGACGCCGUCCGGCUACAAGUUCGGCACAAGCUACGUCGGCACGAAGAUAGUGAGACCGAACGAGAAGUAUCCAGUCGCCGUCGGCGAGAUCACGCCGAGCGGUAACCUGACCGCCUCGUUCGUGCACACUCUGGGCUGCAGAUUUCGGUGCAAGCUGUCCAAGCAGAUCGCGAACGGGACGUGCAAAGCGUCGAGCUACACGGCGGAGUACCGCGCCAAUGAUUUCACGAUAGCGGCGACCCUGGCCAAUCCGGUGGUCGCCAAGGGGCACGGGACAAUAGUGGUGCAUUAUUUGCAAUCGAUCACGUCGAGGAUCACUCUGGGCACGGAGCUCGCGUGCCUCCGCGGGUCUAAAGUGCCCGGCGGCCAGCAGACCGUGAUGAGCGUCGCUCUCCGGUACAGCACCGGUCCCACAACAUUGUCCAGUACCAUUGGCGAGGCGGGCCUGCACGUGUGCUACCACCACAAAGCCAGCUCGCAGUUGGAACUCGGCGUUGAGCUGGAAACGAACGUGCGGACACACCACUCGAUCGCCACUAUCGUCUACCGGAUGAACGUCCCGUACGCGGACCUGACGUUCCGCGGGAUCGUCAACUCCGAGACCACCGUCGGCGCCGUGUUCGAGAAGCGACUGUACCCUAUCCCGGAGUCGUCGUUGAUCAUCAGCGGACUGCUGAACCACAGCAAGCAACAGUUCCGCGUGGGCGUCGGUCUCAAUAUCGGGCAAUGA